AACUCAACAAUAUUCAUGAAUCUGAGGAGCAACCGGUACAAUAUAUAUCCAAACCUUCGGAGUUCAACCCGUAUAUAUAUACAGCGCCUCUCGAGAACGUCGCUAGCGGAGGCAUCGACCGAGUUGCAGGUCUCACGAACAAUCAGCUAAGCUACAGCGCGAGCAACAAGUAGCCGAUCGAGUUGGUUCCAUUUUCCAUGGAGAAGAAGCAGAAGCAGAAGAAGCACGCUAGGUCAAGGAGCUUCACCGGCGGCGGGCUGGCCUCCUUCCUCAAGUCCACCGUCGCCUUCUUCUCGUUCACCUUCCCGUCCGCCAGCGUCGGGACCAGGUCCUCAUUCAACCACCGCAACGGCUUCUCGGGCCCCAUUGUCUCCAUCGUCCCGCCGGAGGCCCGCGGCGGCGGAGGCAGGAACCGGUCCGGGUACAUGACGCCCGAGCCGUCGUCGCCCAAGGUGUCCUGCAUCGGCCAGAUCAAGCGGAGCAACUCCAGGCGCCAGAGGAAGGUCAACCCGUGCGGCAAGAACGGCGGCGGCGCCUGCCCGCUGCCGCCGGCGCCGGCGGAGGGGAAGCCCAGAGGCUCGCUCGUCAAGCGGCUGUCGUUCUUCCGGCGCGGCAGGUCGCGUCCUCGGUCAAGGGCAGACGGCCUCGUCGGUAACGGCAAAGAGUGCGACGGCGGCGCGACGGCGGCGGCGGCGGCUCCAGCUCCGGCGGGUCUCGGCCAGAUGAGGCGGUUCACGAGCGGGCGCGCCGCGUUUCAGGACUUGGACUGGCGGCAGGAGUGGAGGAGGGCCGGCCGUGUCAGCGACGAGGAGGACGAGGGGUUCGUUGCGCAUUCAGCGCCGCUUCCCCAUGGCUCCUCCUCCCACCCCACUUCAGAUUCCCUAGGCUAGCUAACUUCUUUAGUUUGUAUAUAUUCGGUUUCAUAUAGAAAGCGGCUCGAAGCACUUUUUUUUUUGUCUGGUACGAGCCCGACCGGUCCGUUUUUAUAAGGCCCGGACCGCAUCAUGAUU